CCUUUACUCAGACAUCUUCGUCAUCUUCAUUGGCUCCUGUGUUUCUAUUUUUGUGUAAAUUAGAGCAAAGGAACAAAGAAAAUUAAGGGCAAAACAGGCCAUUGUGGAGGUGGUAGAAACUUUAUUUGCACGGUGUGCAGGAACUUAAAGGCCCUAAAUUCACUCUAUAUAUUGUACAAAACAUGAGCAGGGUCUAUGUGUUUGGAGGUUCUAAGCAUUAAAAUGGCAACGAUGCCUUCCUACAUGCAAAGAAAAACCUCUUAAAAAGUGAAUGUGUAUGAUGCAACCAACUUUUCUAUUUUUCCAUGAAGCUUUUGUUGAGGUGCCAAUGAUCAAAUCCAUCUUAAAAAUUGUUUUAGUGCUUCUGCUUUGUCCCUUUACUUGUAGUUGGUCUGCUGACUGUUUAAUCUAGCAAUGAUAAAACAAUUUACAAACAUAAGAACUCAUUUUCUAAUGUGGACAUUUUCAUCAUAGCCCCUCUCAUUCCCCAGUUAUUGUAAAAUCAGUCAUGUUUAUAUUCCAGCUACUAGUUUUUUCUGAGUGGCUAUUGUUACCCGAGCUGUCUUUGACAAGUGCUUAUGCUGUUAAUAUUGCUCUGAAGACCAUAUUACAUGUUAUUUUUUACCCAGAAACUCUGAAGUCUCUGGUUGGUGACUAAAAGCAGGGUGACAGGGCAGAAGGGAGCUCCUUUCAGACCUGCAGUCCUCAGGCUGCUCAUGUUGCCCCUUUUGUUGUCCCAUUCACACCUUACAUGCAUGUAACGGGCCAAGCUAUCUACAUCCUCAUCGUGGAGAAAGACUCAGUGGGUGACAAAUGGUCAUUUCUGAGGUCAGGAAAGGUGCUUCAUUUUAGUCCUUUUUGAAGACAAUGUCCAGACCUCUGGGCAGUAUGGGCAGGCUCUGAAUGUCCAACAUGUUACUACUGCUUUGCUAAGAGUUGAUGUGGACAUAUUCACGGAACUCCAAAUGAGCUCAGAGUUUGAGUCCACACACUUGAGACAAAGACAAAGGUAGAAACUAAGAAUGCAUUGCUUUUGUAAUUUAUAUUAGAAUACUGAAGCCGAGCUGUUCAAUAUGAUAGCUUCUGAUAGAAAUUAAAAUUAAAUUUACAAAUUCAGUUCCUCAGUCAUACCAGUACAUUUCAAAUGUUAAAAAGCCACAUAAGCACUGUUUUAAAGUAUUUGUCAUCAAGAAAUAAAAACGUCGAAUUCCCUUAUAUCUAUUUUAUGAUUUCAUAUUGUUUUAAAGUUUGAAUUACACAUUUGGAAAAUAGGUGGGAGAGCUAUAAUAUUUUCAGUGCCUGGAGACCUGUAAAGAAUUUAAUCUGACCCUAGCCAGCAGGAUCCUUAACAGCAUUUAUAUCCUUGACCUCACCUCUACGCACCGCACAAUAAAACAUUGACCAAGACAAUCGCCCUGAGCAUCUCCAGUCCAAGAGACCAUUCACUAAACAUGCGCGUUGGCUGGUAUCUUAGCAACAGCCACGCGAUACCACCCCUUCCCCUGCCGUCCCUCUCCUACCUUAUUAGACCGCAAAGGGAGGGGCCAGGAGUCCUGUGCCCAAUAGGAGGGGAGCAGAGGAGGGAGUCCUGACCGCGUCCCCGUCGCUAGGGAAACCGCUGCAGCCUGAGUUUGCGCGGGAUGCCGAGCGCCGAGGAGCUGGCGGUGCUGGCUGAAGAGAACCCGGACCAGGAACCCAGCGGGGACCCGCGCCUGCGACUUCUGGGAGCCUACGUGACCCAGAGCCUGCGGCCAGCUGCGGGCUCCUGGGAGCGCUGCGCGGGCACGGCCGAGGCAGAGCAGCAGCUCCACGCCUUCCUGGGCCACGAUGCUGCGGAGGGGCCGAGGCCGCUGCUGGUGGUGCGGCCCGGGCCCGCGGGCCUGGCGUUGUGGUCGGGGCUGGACUUGGAUCCCGACUUCAACCCUCCUCGCGCUAAGGGGCUUUUUUUCCUGCGCACCAGGUCCGAGCCGCCCGGGCCUAAUAGCCUCCGCGGUGCGGUGCUUUGCGGGGACGUGCCCGCUGCGCCUCUGGAGCACCUGGCCGCGCUGUUAUCCAAGGUUGUUAUCCCCAUCUUGGCCAACAAGAAGAAUCACCUAGACUGGCCCCCUGUGGUAUGUCAAGAUGUCCAGCAGCAUGCCCACAGCCUCCAGUGUGACCUCAUGGUUGUCCUUGAGCACAGGAGGGGGAAGACUUUGUUGCCUCUUCCAGCAGGCUCAGAAAAAAUGGCAUUUUGGGAUUCUGAAAGUGAGACUGUCUUGGAUUCCACAGAUAAGUCUGUCAUCUAUGCUAUUGAGUCUGCAGUGAUCCAGUGGAGCCACCAAGUACAGCUGGUCCUCAAGAAAGAGUCUUCCCAGCCGCUCCUACAAGGGGAAAAUCCCACCCCUAAGGUGGAGUUGGAAUUCUGGAAGAGCAGGUCUGAGGAUCUGGAAUACAUUUACAAUCAACUCAGAACAAUAAAGGUGAGGGGCCUGGCGGGGCUCCUGGACAAGCUUCAGAGCAGCUACUUCCCAGCUUUCCAGGCAAUGUUCAGAGAUGUUGUAGCAGCUCUGAUGGAAGCGAAGGACAUCUACGCACACCUGAUGCCACUCUACCGCCACCUGGAAACCCUAGAGAGCAUGGAGUUUCCAGAGGUGAAGCCAUGGCUGCGACCUCUGCUCCAUGUGGUCUGUCUGAUUUGGGCCACGUGCAAGUCCUACUGCUCCCCAGGGCGGCUCACUGUACUGCUGCAAGAGAUCUGCAACCUUCUCGUCCAGCAGGCCUCUGAUUAUCUCAGCCCAGAGGACCUCCUAAAAAGUGAGGUAGAAGAAAGUCAGAGAAAACUGCAAGUGGUCAUGGACACCUUGAACUUCUUCAAGCAGGUGUUUCAGGACAGAAGGGAGAACCUGCACACAUACUUCAAAGGGAACCAGGAAGUCAGAGAGUGGGAUUUCCAGUCUUCUUUGGUCUUUGUGCGAUUGGACGGCUUCCUGAGACGGCUGCAUGUGGUGGAGGAUCUCCUGAAGACAACCUUGGAUUUUCACAAACUGGAAAAGCUUGAGUUCAGCGGCUUCAGAGGGAAUGCCCUGAGUCAGCAGGUCCAGCAAAUGUACGAUGAAUUUCAAGAGCUGUGCAGGAUCUUCUCGGAGUCCUCCUAUGACUGUCUGGACCCCCAGAACAUGGAAUUUGAAAAUGAUGUCUCUAAGUUUAACCAAAGAGUAGAGGAUCUUGAUCGAAGACUGGGGACUAUCUUUAUUCAAGCCUUUGAUGAUGCACCUGAUUUGGAGCAUGCCUUUAAGCUGCUGGACAUAGCAGGCAAUCUCCUGGAAAGACCACUGGUAGCACGAGAUGUAUCUGAUAAGUACCUGGUGCUCAUCCAAAUGUUCAACCAAGAGCUGGAUACAGUGAGGAUAAUCUAUGGUCAGCAUGUCCAGGAGAAGGCAGAACUUGGAUUCUCCGCAGUUCACAAGAACAUGCCCUCUGUGGCCGGGGGUCUUCGUUGGGCUCAGGAGCUGAGGCAGCGCAUUGAGGGUCCCUUCAACAACUUCGAACGCGUCACACAUCCUUGUAUGGAAUCUGCUGAAGGAAAGAGAAUGAUUCAAAAAUAUGAAGCUAUGGUUUCAUUGCUGGAAAGGUAUGAGACCAGGCUUUAUGAGGACUGGUGUCAGACAGUAUCAGAGAAGUCACAGUACAAUCUCUCCCAGCCACUUCUGAAGCGUGACCCAGAGACGAAGGAGAUUACUGUCAACUUUAACUCACAGCUGGUUUCUGUACUGAAAGAAAUGAGUUAUCUUCAACUGAGGCAGAUGAAGCACAUCCCUGAGACAGCAGCAGCCAUGUUCUCCUCCAGGGAGUUCUAUCGGCAGCUUGUGGCACGUUUGGAGUUGAUGGCAAAUUGGUACAACAAGGUGAUGAAAACGCUGCUAGAGGUGGAAUUUCCAUUAGUGGAGAAAGAGCUGCAAAAUAUUGAUCUCCGCCUGAGAGCCGCAGAGGAGACUCUGAACUGGAAAACAGAUGGAGUUUGGGAUUAUGUCAUUGAAAUGACCAAUAGUAUUCAUGAUCUUGAACAAAGGAUUCAGAAAACCAAAGGCAAUGUGGAAGAGAUCCAAAACAUCAUGAAAACAUGGGUGUCUCCAUUAUUUAAGAGAAAAGAUGGAAGAAAGGAAUGCCUUCUUUCCAUGGAUGACCAGCAAGAUCGAAUGGAAAAAUACUACAGUUAUAUCAGAGACUCUGGCCUGAAGAUCCACACUCUUGUUCAGGAAAACCUGGGUCUUUUUUCAGCAGACCCAGCCUCCAAUAGCUGGAAGACAUACGUUAACUACAUCGAUGAUAUGCUACAGGAUGGAUUCUUUCUCACCAUCGAGUGCUCCCUCCAGUACCUCCUGGAAAACACUGAAUGUAAGCCAGGACUCAACCCAAUAUUUGAAGCACAGCUGAGCUUAGCAAUCCCAGAAUUAGUUUUCUCUCCAUCUCUGGAGUCUGGACUGGAGGGAAGCUUCUAUGACAUGGUUGAGGGUCUUGUCAUCAGCAUUUUUAGAAUAGCGUCUUUGGUGCCACGGCUUUCCCCACAAAACAGUGCUCCCCACUAUCAGGUUGACAUGGAGGCUGCGGAUGACUUGGCAAGGAUGCGGAGCACACUCAUGGACAGAGUUCAGGGCAUGAUGGCUCUCUGCUGCAGCUACCGAAACACCUUCAGCCAGUACUCCUACCUCUACGUGGAGGACCGGAAGGAGAUUCUGGCCCAGUUUCUGUUGUAUGGGCAUGUCCUCACACCUGAAGAGAUUGAAGCCCAUGAAGAAGAUGGCAUCCCAGAGAACCCGCCCCUCCUCCACCAGUUUAAAGCACAGAUUGACUCCUAUGAAAAGCUCUAUGAAGAUGUGUGCAGGCUGGAGCCCAUCAAGGUGUUUGACUGCUGGAUGAGGAUUGAUGUGCGACCCUUUAAAGCAUCUCUGCUGAAUCUAAUUAAGAGGUGGAGCCUCCUGUUCAAACAGCACCUUGUUGACUAUGUCACCAACAGUUUGGCAGACCUUGAACUGUUUAUAAAAAACAGUGAGAGUGGCUUGCUCAAGAAAGUUGAAAAAGGAGACUUCAAAGGACUGGUUGAGAUUAUGGAACACCUUAUGGCCCUUAAAGAACGGCAGAGCAGCACUGACGAGAUGUUCGAGCCCUUAAAGCAGACCAUUGAAUUGCUGAAGACCUACGGACAAGAAUUGCCAGAAACAGUGUUUAAGCAGCUGGAGGAGCUGCCUGAGAAAUGGAGCAACAUAAAAAAGUUGGCCAUUGCUGUGAGGCAGCACGUGGCCCCCCUGCAGGCGAACGAAGUGGCCCUUCUCCGCCAGAGGUGCACAGCCUUUGAGAUGGAACAGCAGCAGUUCUGGGAGCAAUUCCACAUGGAGGCACCCUUCAGGUUUAAUAGCACUGACCCUCAUCGAAUGCUGGAUGCCAGGCACAGUGAGAUCCAGCAAAUGGAAUCCACCAUGGCCUCCAUUGCUGACACCGCCAGCUUGUUUGAGGUCAACAUUCCUGACUACAAGCAGCUGAGGCAGUGCAGGAGGGAGGUCUGCCAGCUGAAGGAGCUGUGGGACACAAUUGGCAUGGUGACCUCCACUAUCCAUGCCUGGGAGGCCACUCCAUGGAGGAAUAUCAACGUAGAGGCCAUGGACUUGGAGUGCAAAAGAUUUGCUAGGUACCUCCGGAACCUUGACAAGGAGGUCCGGACCUGGGAGGCAUUCACAGGCCUGGAAAGUACCGUGUUGAACACCCUGACCUCACUGAGGGCAGUGGCUGAGCUACAGAAUCCAGCUAUCCGGGAGCGGCACUGGAGACAGCUGGUGCAGGCCACAGGCGUGAGCUUUGUCAUGGAUGAGGGCACCACCCUGGCACACCUGCUGCAGCUCCAGUUGCACUGCUUUGAGGAUGAGGUCCGGGGCAUUGUGGACAAAGCUGUGAAGGAGAUGGGUAUGGAGAAGAUCUUAAAGGAGCUGCAGACCACCUGGACCAGCAUGGAAUUCCAGUAUGAGCCCCACCCACGGACCCACAUCCCUCUGCUGCAUUUGGAUGAGGACCUCAUCGAGGUUUUAGAAGAUAACCAAGUCCAGCUGCAGAACCUAAUGAUGUCCAAGCACGUUGCUUUUUUCCUGGAGGAAGUGUCACGCUGGCAGAAGAAGCUGUCCACAGCAGAUGCUGUUAUCUCUAUGUGGUUUGAUGUGCAGCAGACAUGGUCUCAUCUGGAAAGUAUAUUCAUUGGCUCUGAAGAUAUCCGGGCCCAGCUGCCGCAGGAUUCUGAACGAUUUGAAGGAAUUGACAUUGACUUUAAGGAGCUAGCUUAUUAUGCUCAGAAAACUCCAAAUGUAGUGGAAGCCACCAACAAGUCAGGUCUUUAUGAAAAACUGGAAGAUAUUCAGAGCAGGUUGCACUUGUGCGAGAAGGCCCUGGCAGAGUACCUGGAUACCAAAAGGCUUGUCUUCCCUCGGUUUUACUUUCUCUCCUCUUCUGAUCUGCUAGAUAUCCUUUCCAAUGGCACAGCUCCACUACAGGUUCAACGCCAUCUUUCCAAACUCUUUGACAAUAUGGCCAAGAUGCGGUUCCAUCUGGAUACCAGUGAGAAGCCAACCAAGAUAAGUCUUGGCAUGUACAGUAAGGAAAAUGAGUAUGUGGCCUUCAGUAAGCCCUGUGACUGCAGUGGCCAGGUAGAAAUAUGGUUGAACCAUGUGCUUGUCCAUAUGAAGGCUACCAUAAGGCAUGAGAUGACAGAAGGUGUGGCUGCCUAUGAAGAAAGGCCAAGGGAGCAGUGGCUCUUUGACUACCCAGCUCAGGUGGCCCUGACCUGUACUCAGAUCUGGUGGACCACGGAGGUGGGCAUGGCCUUCGCCAGGCUGGAAGAAGGCUAUGAGAGUGCCAUGAAAGACUAUCACAAGAAGCAAGUGGCCCAGCUCAAAACCCUCAUCAGCAUGUUAAUUAGUCCACUCUCCAAGGGGGACCGGCAGAAGAUCAUGACCAUAUGCACCAUCGAUGUGCAUGCCCGGGAUGUGGUGGCCAAGAUGAUUGCUCAGAAGGUAGACAAUGCCCAGGCCUUUCUCUGGUUGUCCCAGCUGCGGCAUCGUUGGGAUGAUGAGGCCAAACACUGCUUUGCCAACAUCUGUGAUGCCCAGUUUCUGUAUUCCUAUGAGUACCUGGGAAAUACACCUCGCCUUGUAAUCACACCUCUGACAGACAGGUGCUACAUCACUCUGACCCAGUCUCUGCACCUGACCAUGAGCGGCGCUCCCUCAGGGCCUGCAGGCACAGGCAAGACGGAGACCACCAAGGACCUGGGCCGAGCUCUGGGCAUCAUGGUCUACGUGUUCAACUGCUCGGAGCAGAUGGACUACAAGUCUUGUGGCAACAUCUACAAAGGCCUCGCUCAGACUGGUGCCUGGGGUUGUUUUGAUGAAUUCAAUCGAAUCUCCGUGGAGGUCCUGUCAGUGGUGGCCGUGCAGGUCAAAAGCAUUCAAGAUGCAAUUCGAGAUAAGAAGCAGCAAUUCAACUUCCUUGGGGAAGAGAUUAGCCUGAAUCCUUCUGUGGGCAUCUUCAUCACCAUGAACCCUGGCUACGCUGGCCGCACAGAGCUGCCGGAGAACCUGAAGGCUCUCUUCAGGCCCUGCGCGAUGGUGGUUCCAGACUUUGAAUUGAUCUGUGAGAUCAUGCUGGUGGCAGAAGGAUUCAUUGAAGCCCGGUCAUUAGCCAGGAAGUUCAUCACCCUUUACCAGUUGUGCAAAGAGCUUCUCUCCAAACAGGAUCACUAUGACUGGGGCCUGCGGGCCAUCAAGUCUGUGCUGGUGGUGGCCGGAUCUCUAAAGCGAGGAGACCCUGACAGGCCUGAGGACCAAGUCCUGAUGCGCUCCCUGCGAGAUUUCAACAUUCCCAAGAUAGUGACUGAUGACAUGCCAGUGUUCAUGGGCCUGAUUGGGGACCUCUUCCCCACCCUGGAUGUCCCUCGGAGGAGAGACCUCAACUUCGAAGCUUUGGUUAAGAAGGCAGUAGUGGAGCUGAAACUCCAGGCUGAGGACAACUUUGUGCUGAAGGUGGUCCAGCUGGAGGAGCUUCUGGCAGUUCGGCACUCUGUGUUCGUGGUGGGCAGUGCUGGUACCGGCAAGUCUCAGGUGCUGAGGUCCUUGCACAAGACCUAUCAGAUCAUGAAACGCCGCCCCGUCUGGACUGACCUCAAUCCCAAAGCAGUCACAAACGAUGAGCUCUUUGGCAUCAUCAACCCAGCCACACAAGAAUGGAAGGAUGGACUGUUCUCUUCUAUCAUGCGGGAGCUUGCCAACAUCACCCAUGAUGGACCCAAGUGGAUUUUACUGGAUGGUGACAUAGAUCCAAUGUGGAUUGAGUCUCUGAACACUGUCAUGGAUGACAACAAGGUGUUGACCUUGGCAAGCAAUGAGAGGAUCCCUCUGAAUCCCACAAUGAGGCUCCUCUUUGAGAUCAGCCACCUACGCACAGCCACACCAGCCACCGUCUCUAGAGCAGGGAUCCUGUACAUCAAUCCUGCAGACCUGGGAUGGAACCCUCCUGUCAGCAGCUGGAUUGACAGGAGGGAAAUCCAGACAGAGAGAGCCAACCUCGCCAUUCUGUUUGACAAGUACCUUCCAGCCUGCUUAGACACACUCCGAACCAGAUUUAAGAGGAUAAUUCCAGUCCCAGAGCAGAGCAUGGUUCAGACACUGUGCUACCUUCUUGAGUGCCUCCUGACCAAGGAGAACAUACCUGCAGACUGCCCCAAGGAAACCUAUGAGCUUUAUUUUGUGUUUGCUGCCAUCUGGGCUUUUGGCGGAGCAAUGAUCCAAGAUCAGCUUGUGGACCACCGGGCAGAGUUCAGCAAAUGGUGGCUGGCUGAGUUCAAGACAGUAAAGUUUCCUUCCCAGGGAACCAUCUUCGACUAUUACAUAGACCCAGAGACCAAGAAAUUUGAGCCAUGGUCCAAACUCAUCCCCCAGUUUGAAUUUGACCCUGAGAUGCCUCUGCAGGCUUGUCUGGUACACACGAGUGAGACUAUCCGAGUGUGCUACUUCAUAGAGCGGCUCAUGGAGCAGCAGCGACCACUCAUGUUGGUGGGGACCGCGGGCACAGGCAAGUCAGUGCUGGUGGGAGCCAAGCUAGCCAGCCUCGAUGCAGAGGACUACCUGGUGAAAAACGUACCAUUCAACUACUACACUACUUCAGCAAUGCUGCAGGCUGUCCUGGAGAAACCUCUAGAAAAGAAGGCUGGGAGAAAUUACGGCCCCCCAGGGAACAAGAAGCUCAUCUAUUUCAUUGAUGACAUGAACAUGCCCGAGGUGGAUGCGUACGGGACGGUGCAGCCCCACACGAUUAUCAGGCAGCACCUGGACUACAGACACUGGUAUGAUCGGAGCAAGCUGUCUCUAAAGGAGAUCAUGAACGUACAGUAUGUUUCCUGUAUGAACCCCACUUCAGGCAGCUUCACCAUCAACCCACGUCUGCAGCGUCACUUCAGUGUUUUCGGCCUCUCCUUUCCGGGAGCAGAUGCCCUGUCCUCCAUCUAUAGCACCAUCUUGACUCAGCACCUGAAGCUCGGGAACUUCCCAGCAUCUCUGCAGAAAUCCAUCCCCCAGCUGAUCAAUCUGGCCCUCACCUUCCAUCAGAAAAUUGCCACCACAUUCCUACCCACAGCAAUCAAAUUCCACUACAUCUUCAAUCUCAGAGACUUCGCCAAUAUUUUCCAGGAUAUCGAAGAGAUCAUGGAGCAGACUCAAAGCCUGAACAUGUAUUGCCACUUUGCAAAUGGCAUUGGCGAGCCCAAGUACAUGCCUGUGCCAUCAUGGGAGCUGUUAGCCCAGACACUGGUGGAUGCCUUAGAGAGUCACAAUGAAGUCAACACAGUGAUGGACCUGGUUCUCUUUGAGGAUGCCAUGCAGCACGUCUGCCGCAUCAAUCGCAUCCUGGAGGCCCCUCGGGGAAAUGCGCUGCUGGUGGGCGUGGGAGGCAGCGGCAAGCAGAGUCUGACCAGGCUGGCAGCCUUCAUCAGCUCCAUGGACGUGUUCCAGAUCACGCUGCGGAAAGGCUACCAGAUUGCAGACUUCAAGAUGGACCUGGCCAGCCUGUGCCUGAAAGCUGGGGUAAAGAAUCUCAGCACAGUGUUUCUCAUGACUGAUGCCCAAGUGGCUAAUGAGAAGUUCCUUGUGCUCAUCAAUGAUCUCUUGGCUUCUGGAGAGGUCCCAGAUCUCUACUCUGAUGAUGAAGUUGAAAACAUCAUAAACAACAUGAAGAAUGAAGUCAAGAGCCAAGGUUUGGUUGACAACAGAGAGAACUGCUGGAAAUUCUUUAUAGAACGGGUCCGACGACAACUGAAGGUGACUCUCUGUUUCUCCCCUGUGGGGAAUAAGCUGAGGGUCCGCAGCAGGAAGUUUCCAGCCAUUGUGAACUGCACGACCAUUGACUGGUUUCACAAGUGGCCUCAGCAGGCAUUGGAAUCUGUCAGCCUCCGCUUCUUACAGAACACCGAGAGCAUCGAGCUCACAGUCAAGCAGUCGAUUAGCAAGUUCAUGGCUUUUGUCCACACAAGUGUCAACCAAACAUCCCAGUCCUAUCUGAACAAUGAGCAGCGCUACAACUACACAACCUCCAAAUCAUUUCUGGAGUUCAUCAGACUCUACCAGAGCUUGCUGCGCAGGAAUGGAAAAGAGCUCAAGUCCAAGAUGGAGCGGCUUGAGAAUGGGCUGCUGAAGCUCCGCAGCACCUCUGCCCAGGUAGAUGACCUGAAAGCCAAGCUGGCCACCCAGGAGGUGGAGCUGAAGCAGAAGAAUGAAGAUGCGGACAAGCUGAUUCAGGAGGUGGGCAUAGAGACUGACAAGGUGAGCAGAGAGAAGGCCCUGGCAGACAAGGAGGAACAGAAGGUGGCUCUCAUCAUGCUGGAGGUGGAGCAGAAGCAGAAGGACUGUGAAGAAGACCUGGCCAAAGCAGAGCCAGCACUCAUAGCAGCCCAGGCUGCUCUCAACACCCUCAAUAAGACCAACCUGACAGAGCUGAAGUCUUUUGGGUCCCCGCCUCAGGCUGUGAGCAAUGUCAGCGCAGCUGUGAUGGCCCUCGUGGCCCCUGAGGGAAAGGUGCCCAAGGACCGAAGCUGGAAGGCUGCUAAAGUCGCCAUGGCCAGAGUGGAUGCCUUCCUGGACUCCCUGAUCAACUUCAACAAAGAGAACAUUCAUGAGAACUGCCUCAAAGCCAUCAGGCCAUAUCUGCAGGAUCCCGAGUUCAAUCCUGAGUUCGUGGCCACCAAGUCUUACGCAGCUGCGGGCCUCUGUUCUUGGGUCAUAAACAUUGUGAAGUUCUAUGAGGUGUUCUGUGACGUGGAGCCCAAGCGCCAAGCUUUGAGCCGAGCCACCUCGGACCUCACAGCCGCCCAGGAGAAGCUGGCAGCCAUUAAAACCAAGAUCGCACACCUUAAUGACAACCUGGCCAAACUCACCACCAAGUUUGAGAAAGCCACAGCAGACAAACUCAAAUGUCAGCAAGAAGCUGAAAUGACCGCAGGCACCAUCUCCCUUGCAAAUCGCCUGGUGGGAGGACUCGCUUCUGAAAACGUGAGGUGGGCAGAAGCUGUGCAGAACUUCAAGCAACGGGAGAGGAAAUUAUGUGGAGACAUUUUACUUACCACAGCUUUCAUUUCGUACCUCGGUUUCUUUACAAAGAAAUACCGUCAGAGACUCGUGGAUGAGACCUGGAGACCAUACCUGAGUCAACUGCAAGUUCCCAUCCCGGUCACCCCCUCCCUGGACACCCUAAGGAUGCUGAUGGACGAUGCAGACCUAGCUGCCUGGCAGAAUGAGGGCCUCCCAGCAGACCGCAUGUCCGCAGAGAAUGCAGCCAUCCUCAUCAACUGUGAACGCUGGCCGCUCAUGGUUGACCCUCAGUUACAAGGCAUCAAAUGGGUCAAGAACAAAUAUGGUGAAGACCUCCGGGUCACCCAGAUUGGUCAGAAGGGCUACCUUCAAACCAUAGAGCGUGCCUUGGAAGCUGGGGAUGUGGUGCUCAUUGAAAACCUGGAAGAGUCCAUUGAUCCUAUUCUGGGACCACUGCUUGGGCGAGAAGUCAUUAAAAAGGGACGGUUCAUUAAAAUCGGAGACAAAGAGUGUGAAUACAACCCUAAGUUCCGGCUCAUACUCCACACCAAGCUUGCCAACCCUCACUACCAGCCUGAGCUGCAGGCUCAGGCCACCCUGAUCAACUUCACCGUGACCAGGGAUGGCCUGGAGGACCAGCUGCUGGCCUCUGUGGUCAGCAUGGAGAGACCAGACCUGGAGCAGCUGAAGUCAGAGCUCACGAAGCAGCAGAAUGGGUUCAAAAUCACCCUGAAAACAUUGGAAGACAACCUGCUCUCUCGCCUCUCCUCGGCAUCUGGGAACUUCCUGGGAGACAUGGCUCUGGUGGAGAACCUUGAGGUCACCAAGCAGACUGCUGCAGAAGUUGAGAAAAAGUUCCAGGAGGCCAAUGUGACCGAAGCAAAAAUCAACGAGGCCCGAGAGCACUAUCGACCAGCUGCUGCCCGAGCCUCUCUGCUCUACUUCAUCAUGAAUGACCUCAGCAAGAUCCACCCCAUGUACCAGUUUUCUCUCAAGGCCUUCAGCACCACCUUCCAGAAGGCUGUCCAGAAGGCUGGCCCUGCUGAGAGCCUCCAGGAGCGACUGACCAACCUGAUAGACAACAUCACCUUCUCCGUGUACCAGUAUACCACCCGCGGGCUCUUCGAGUGUGACAAGCUGACCUACCUUGCCCAGCUCACCUUUCAGGUUCUCCUCCUGAACCAGGAGGCAGUCACCGCAGAGCUGGAUUUCCUGCUUCGAGCUCCAGUGCAGACCGGCACCCCCAGUCCGGUGGACUUCCUCUCCCACCAGGCCUGGGGUACCAUCAAGGCACUUUCAUCCAUGGAAGAAUUCAAUAAUCUGGACCGGGACAUCGAGGGGUCAGCCAAAAGCUGGAAGAAGUUUGUGGAAUCAGAAUGUCCUGAGAAGGAGAAGUUCCCACAGGAGUGGAAGAACAAGACUGCCCUGCAGCGCCUCUGCAUGAUGAGAGCCAUGCGGCCCGACCGGCUAACUUAUGCCAUGCGACAUUUUGUUGAGGAGACAUUAGGAAGCAAAUAUGCAGUGGGAAGAGCACUAGACUUUGCAGCCUCCUUUGAAGAAUCAGGACCAGCCACUCCCGUAUUUUUCAUCCUGUCUCCAGGUGUGGACCCACUGAAAGAUGUGGAAAAUCAAGGUAAAAAACUUGGAUAUACCUUCAACAAUAAGAAUUUUCACAACGUAUCUUUGGGGCAAGGACAGGAAGUAGUGGCUGAAGCUACUCUGGAUCUAGCUGCCCAGAAAGGUCACUGGGUGAUUUUACAGAACAUCCACCUGGUUGCCAAGUGGCUCAGCACCCUGGAGAAGAAGCUGGAGGAGCUCAGUGAAAACAGCCACCCAGAGUUCAGGGUCUUCAUCAGUGCAGAGCCUGCACCCUCCCCUGAGGGCCACAUCAUCCCCCAGGGCAUCCUAGAGAACUCCAUUAAAAUCACCAAUGAGCCCCCCACGGGCAUGCAUGCCAACCUGCACAAGGCCCUGGACAACUUCACUCAGGACACCCUGGAGAUGUGUUCCCGGGAGACUGAGUUUAAGAGCAUCCUCUUUGCUCUCUGUUACUUUCAUGCGGUGGUGGCAGAAAGACGAAAGUUUGGGCCUCAGGGAUGGAAUCGUUCCUACCCCUUCAACACUGGGGACCUCACCAUCUCUGUGAAUGUGCUCUACAACUUCCUGGAGGCCAAUGCAAAGGUCCCCUAUGAUGAUUUGCGUUACCUCUUUGGAGAGAUCAUGUAUGGAGGCCAUAUCACUGAUGACUGGGACAGGAAACUCUGCAGGACAUACCUGGAGGAAUUCAUUAAACCAGAAAUGCUUGAAGGAGAGCUGUCUCUGGCCCCAGGGUUCCCACUCCCAGGCAACAUGGACUACAAUGGCUACCAUCAGUACAUUGACGCCAAGCUGCCCCCCGAGUCGCCGUAUCUCUAUGGCCUCCACCCCAACGCUGAGAUUGGCUUCCUGACACAGAGCUCAGAAAAGCUCUUUCGCACGGUGCUGGAGCUGCAACCCCGGGACAGCCACGCCAAAGACGGAGCUGGGGUCACCAGAGAAGAAAAGGUCAAGGCCCUCCUGGAAGAAAUCCUGGAGCGGGUAACUGACGAGUUCAACCUACCAGAGCUGAUGGCCAAGGUGCAGGAGCGCACCCCAUAUACUGCAGUUGUCUUCCAGGAGUGCGAACAGAUGAACGUCCUCACCAGGGAGAUCCAGCGCUCACUGAGGGAGCUGCACCUCGGCCUGAAGGGGGAGCUGACCAUGACCGGGGACAUGGAGAACCUACAGAACAACCUAUACCUUGAUACAGUGCCAGAGCCCUGGGCCAAGCGAGCCUACCCUUCCACAGCAGGCCUGGCUGUCUGGUUUCUGGACCUCCUCAGCCGAAUCAAGGAGCUGGAGGCUUGGACAGGUGAUUUCACAAUGCCCUCCACUGUGUGGCUGACAGGCUUCUUCAACCCCCAGUCCUUCCUGACCGCCAUAAUGCAGUCCAUGGCCCGCAAGAACGAGUGGCCACUAGACCAGAUGGCCCUGCAGUGUGAUGUGACAAAGAAGAACAGAGAGGAUUUCAGAAGCCCUCCUCGGGAAGGAGCCUACGUCCAUGGCCUCUUCAUGGAAGGUGCCCGCUGGGAUGCACAGGCUGGGGUCAUUACAGAGGCAAAGCUAAAGGACCUGACACCCCCCAUGCCUGUGAUGUUCAUCAAGGCCCUCCCUGCAGAGAAGCAAGAUUGCCGCAGCGUCUAUCCUUGUCCCAUGUACAAGACUUGUCAGAGGGGACCCACCUACGUGUGGACUUUCAACCUGAAGACUAAGGAGAACCCAUCUAAGUGGGUUCUAGCUGGAGUAGCUUUGCUUCUCCAGAUCUAG